UGGAUGUUCAAUGGAACAUCAUCGUUUCCUCAAGACGUGAUUUUUGACUCCUUCGACAAACUGAUUGUUUUAUCGGCCAAUUUCAGUCAUGAAGGAAAUUACAGUUGCAAUGCCAUUGAUAAGGUGAGCUACCUACAAGGCAAUGUCGUUGUUCGUGUCAAGUACCCUGAAACCUGCACCAAAGUGAGGGCAAACAUCAGUGACGUCAGUGGUAACUACGUCAUUGAUCCUGACGGCGAACUUGGCGAGGAUCCUUUUUCAGUUUAUUGUAACAUGACUGACAAAGGAGGUGUUGGAGUGGCAGUUGUCAGUCACGACAGCGAGAAAAAAACCCACGUGAAAGGAUUUGAGUUACCAGGGCACUAUACACGUAACGUACACUACAUUGGUACCAGCCUCUCUCAAUUAGCGGCUUUGACACAAGCUUCAGAGAAGUGUGAGCAAUUCAUUAAAGUCGAAUGCCACGGAGCUACAAUAAAUUAUGCAUACUGGUUGUCACGAGAGCGUGAAAAAAUGAAGUACUGGGGAGGAGUUCCUCACGGGAAAGGGUGCGCAUGCGGACUGACAAACUCCUGUGACGCUCCAGAACGGCAUUGUAACUGUGCAAAGAAUGACUUUGUUUGGCGGAAGGACAGUGGUCUUCUUACUAACAGGAGUCACCUUCCAGUCAUUCAGCUGAGCUUUGGUGAUACGGGAGAUAGCUAUGAAGAAGUCUAUUAUACUCUGGGUAAACUGCUGUGCUAUACUUCUGCCGGAAUGACACCAAAGUGAUAUGAUCGUGCACUGC